UGGCAGUAUUGCAAUCCUUCUGAGAUUAGUCAGUGAGAGCGAGGGUUGAAUAAAGUAGACGGGGUAAAAGAUGAGAGGAAAAUUCUUCUACCUUCUAGUAGCUUCAACUUUGAUAGCCUACUACAUCUACACACCUUUACCAGAGAAUGUGGAAGAACCCUGGAAGGUGUUGCUUUUGGAUGCCGCCAUUAGAAGCCUAAGGCAUGUGGCCACAAUUGUUGAGAAGUUGGAUCUUGCACACUAUAUGGAUGUUAUAAAUCUGCACACAAUUGCUGAAUAUACGGCACCUACAUCUGAUGAAAAAGUUAUUGUAACAGAAACAAACUUUAGCCAUGUUCCAGUACGUCUUUACAUUCCUAUAAAGAAGUCAAAUGUCUUGAAAAGAGCAGUGAUUUUUAUCCAUGGAGGUGGAUGGUGUAUAGGAUCAGCAACCAUGAAAUCCUAUGACCUUUUAUCAAGAUGGACGUCAGAAAGACUAAGUGCUGUUGUGGUGUCAGUUGAUUAUAGACUAGCUCCAAAAUAUCGAUUCCCAGUUGCAUUUGAAGAUGUGUACUCGGUAGCAAAAUACUUUCUACAAAGCAGCAUUCUGGAGAAAUAUACUGUAGACCCAAGCCGUAUCGGCAUUGCAGGAGACAGUGCAGGAGGUAACUUAGCUGCAGCUGUAACCCAGCAGCUUCUAGAUGACCCUGACGUCAACGCUAAAUUCAAGGUUCAAGCUUUAUUAUACCCUGGUCUUCAAAUUAUUGAUGUGGAAUUGCCAUCCUAUCAAGAUAAUAAAAACAUGCCAAUUCUGCCAAAAGCCUUAAUAAUCAGAUUCUUCAGUGAAUAUAUUAAAACAGAUGACUCUUUUCUCAAAGCUUUAGAGACCAACCAACAUGUUCCUGUAGAGUACAACCAUUUGUUUACAUUUGUAAACUGGAGUAACUGGCUACCUGAAAGAUUUAAAAAAGGUCAUGUUUAUACUGACCCAUCACAUAGAAAUUCCAAAAUUGGGCUCAAAUAUCAAGAUUUUGUGGAUCCAAGGGUAGCACCACUUUUAGUUGAGGACAUCAAGCUUCGGGGCUUACCACUUACAUAUAUCCUCACUUGUCAAUAUGAUAUCUUGAGGGAUGAUGGAAUCAUUUAUGCUUCCCGUCUUAGGGAAGCAGGAGUUCAAGUAGCACAUGAACAUGCUGACAAUGCUUUUCACGGUAGCAUGACAUUUCUUUCAGGUCCUUUUGCCUUAAAUACAGGACACAGAAUGGCUAACAACUACAUUGAGUGGCUAAAUAAGAAUCUCUGAAAACACACAUAUACCACCAGAAAAUGUUGCCUUGGAUUCAUUCAAUUUAU